UUCUUCCUGUGGGCUCUUGAGUCAUGCCCAGGCUGACACUGCUUUCAGAGUCCAGUAAAUCCAUUAAGAGUUGUAUAGCCUUUCUUGAUGAUCACAGAGCAGCCCUGCUUUGCUUAACAUCCAGCCAAUCAUUUUACAGGUUGGAUUUAUCAUCACUCUUGGUCAAAAUCCAAAUAUUGCUACUUCACGUCAUCAACAUGUUUUGUUUUUAAACCCAGAGAGAUAUACCAGACCACCUUGCCAGAGAGAGCCCGAAUCUUAUUCUCAUGAGCUGGACAUGUUAAUCUGCAUAACUAAAGGAAGCCAGGUGGCCAACGGCACCACAUCCACAGCUCUGUCUCACUCGACAAUAACAAAUUGUAUAUAAACUGGUUUCCAUGGUUUAUCUGUCCGCUUUGCAGGUGGCUGAGGAGAUGCGGUUUGUCUCUUCGCUUGUUAAGGAGUGAGAGGCGUCACAUUUACCCCCAACACAUUACAGACAAGGGCUUCAUAAAUAUUAGGCUCUUUGUCCAAGAAAGAGGUCGGUCCUGACAGAUUGAGAAAUGAUGGCCUUCACUUUGCUAGCUUGCCUGCACUUCAUGUUACCUUUUGUUUCUCCUGCAAGAAAUAUUUCUCUCAAGUGCAUGCAAGAUACUGAUGAAUUCCUUUCUGAUCUGAAUUCACCGAAGCCCAAAGAAUACGCUCUGAGAAUGUAUGACUCGGUGGGGAAGCUUGGAAGCAACGUUCUUAGUGGCAACCUGGACAGGUUGGGAUCCUACAGCGAGUGCCUUUCCACCCGGGGCCCCGAGGGAAGAUUCCGAGGCCAGUACUGCAAGCUUCAUCUGCUGCAGGAUGGAGCAGACUAUAGUGUGGGUGUGUGUGUCCCUGACUCUUGCGGUGAAGAGGAUGUGACCGUGAUGUCUCAGCUGGAUAUGCUAAGGUUCAGAAAUACUUCAUUUUUGGCACCUUCCCUCUCCCUGUUUACGAGAAACUCUUCCUCCUCAUCUUGUGAAAGUGUGGCCAGAUGCGCUGCUGGGGUGUUUCGGCUGGACACGUUUGCCUCCGUGUGUCUGUUCAUCACCUUGCUAGGCCUUGUCCUUCCUGUGGUGGGGACUGUUUACAUGGUGGCCAGGAAAUGGGGCUUGGACCUCAGGCCAUCACCGGCACACGGGACUUCGGCAGGCUGUGAGAAUCUGCCUUUGAGAAAUGUGGAGAGCGAUGGGCAAAGAAGCAGGAGCCCACAGACCAAUUGCCAAGUUCAUCUCUCCCCACCAGGACCCCUGAGCAGAGGAAAAAGGUUUCUAGGAGCCGUGGAUGGAGCUCUACAGUGCUUUUCUUGGCAAAAGAACAUGCCAGCCAUCUGUACCCCAGAGCUGCCAGAAGGCACCUGCCAGACCCUGAACGGGAUCCGAGUCCUGAGUCUCCUUUGGAUUGUCUCGGGACACACCAGUCAGAUGACUGCUUGGCUGUCUUUGGAUAACGUGCUUGAAUGGAGGGCCAGAGUGCCGACAAACCCGCUGUACCUCUACUCUCGGAGUGGCCCGUUCUACGUUGGGGUGGAUACGUUUUUCCUGAUCAGUGGUUGGUUAAGUGCAAGGUCAUUUCUAAAGAUGCACCGGAGCACAAACGCGGGAAUAACCCCUAAAAUCAUGCUCAGAUACUUUCUCAAACGUUUUACAAGGUUGCAGCUUCUUCAUCUGUACUCAGUGUGCUUGCUGGUUGGACUCUUCUCCUUGGUUCCCUGGGGACCUGUCUGGGAGGUUCCGCACUUCCACUGGGAUAACUGCCGGCAAGUCUGGUGGACGAAUCUGCUGCUGCUGAAUAACUUCGUGUCUGUUCAGAACGCCUGCCAUGGCUGGACUUGGUACCUCGCCAGCGACUUCCAGUUCCACCUCCUGACGCCGCUGAUCUUCUUCGUCCAUGGAAAAAAUAAACGUGUCCUUGUCCUCCUCGGGGCCCUGCUGUUCCUGACGUCUUUCGCGGCCACCGCUCUGCUCACGUUGGCUUAUAAACUCCCGGUGGCGUCCCCAUCAGCAGCCAGUGAAAACGAGACUGCACUGUAUUUCUCAGAGUAUUAUACCAAGCCCUACUGCCGGUGCGGCCCGUUCCUUGUGGGCCUCUUCCUGAGCAUGUUCAUGCAUUCGGACCACCCUACAAGCGUUCUCAAAACUACGAUGCAGGCCACGCUGGGCUGGACUUUCUCUCUGCUGACGCUGUUUGCAGUUGUCUCGCUGGCAUACAUAGUGGAUGACACCUCCCCCACCUCUCCUAUGGCUGCUGCCAUCUACCAGGCCCUCCAUCGGACCCUGUGGGCGGCAGCCGUGGGCUGGGUCAUCUUUGCCUGUCAGGAAGGCUAUGGAGGUCUGGUGACGCGUGUGCUUUCUUGCGGCAUCUGGCGUCUCCCAGCUAGCAUCAGUUACGCUUGCUACCUCGUCCACCCCAUAGUGAUCAUCCUCUAUAACGGACUGCAGGAGACCCUUCUUCACUAUACUGACACCAAUAUGUUCUAUCUUUUCUCUGGACACUGUGUGCUGACCUUCCUCUGUGGGCUGGCCCUGACGCUGUUCAUCGAGCGGCCAUGGCAGGAGCUGAAGUGGGGCCUGUGGGGACCAGUGCCUGCUGGGCCAUGAGCAUUCCGACUGAAACCCUGGAGAACCACAGCCCACCUGUGGUCCUUGGAAGGAAUGUGAAUCUGAUUUUGUGAACAUUUACUGUGUACGAUGUGUAUGGAUAACCUGUGUUCACUAUAAAAAGUGCUGCGAGCCACAGAAAUAUGAAAUAGGAAUUCAGUUGACGGUAGCAAAAAGAACUCUUCCAGAGGAUAAAGCCAAGAAUCAAGGAGUCUUGGUGAUACUGCUUUUGUAUGUAUUAGCUAUCUCCUACAGUGAAUUUCUUGUGUGCUAUUAUAGCUUUUCCAUUUGAUUGAUAAUUUAUUAGGCACAAUUUCCCCUAUUGGGGUAUUUGGAUAAGAUCCCCAGGCUUUUGUUCUCCUGUUUAUCAUUAGACCAAGAAGUUUGCCUUUCUAUAAUUAUCUCCAUGAGCAAGUAUCUGGCCAGGGCCAUCUCUGGACAAAAGCAUUUUAUCUGAGACAUCUCUCAAACAUCCAAGGGCAGACUGCAGAUAAGCAUCAAACCACCUGCUAGCCUCCUGAAGUAAGGUAAAUAUCCACCAAGGCCAGGCAGAUGUUAGGUACAAAGCUUUGUUCCUGUGUAAGUUAAGCUUAAACCCUCCUUUCUCCCAUAGCCCAAGUUCCCCUUUAACAAAAGCCCAGAACAAAAGGGCUUUUACAAACCAGGUACAUCAAGCUGUGACACAGGCUGUCCAGCUACUGAGUUCACUUCCCCCAUCCUGCCAGAAAACGGCACAGCUGAGAUUAGACUGAGACAGAUAUGGCUCCAAAGGGGAAAAAGGCAGUUUUAUUUUACUCAUGACUUAGUGACAUACAACUCCUAACAUUUUAAUAACCACCUCUAAGAAUAUAGUUUGAGCACAUAAAUUCCCCUUUUUGACCUCUCUCACCUCCCUCCUCUCCCUCUCUCCCUUCCUCCCUUUCCCUCCUACCUCCCUCCCUCUCCCCUCUCCUUCCCUCUCCCUUUCUCUCUUGACUUGGAUUUGAUUUUCUGUACUGCUGACCAUAGUGUUAAAGUAUUAAAAUGGAGGCCAGGCCCAAACCAUAAAAAGCCACACAGUUGGAGUUUUCCUUCUACAUGACCUUAGCUUUGCUUGAUUUGAAAACCUAAGCAAACCGUAAGUUGAACUACUUCUUGUACAUUUGCAUAUUAAAGAAAAACAAAACUUAAAUGCAACCAAUCAGAAGUAGACAAACAACUUACAUAACUGGAAACUCUCUAAUGGGAGGAGACCAAAUAAACAGCUGUGGAACUGUAACCAAUCACAUUGGCUUGGCUUCCAUGCCGCCCUGAUGAGUUCCCAUGCGAAGUACCUGGACCACACUGGGUUUGGAGCUGCCUAGUACCAAUUAGUGCUUGCUCAAAUAUACUCUAAAACUUUUUUUUGUGCCUCAGUUUACAUUUUAGCAUCAGGCAAUUACCCAAUGUAGUACAUGUAUCAUCAUUUAGGUCUUAAAGCUCAUGUGGUUUAUAAUGCUGUUAUCCUCACCAAAAUUGCUUCAUAUAGCUUUCUAUAUGUGUUAUUGUAGAAACAACUAGCUUUGUCCAUGUAUUGUUAUGAUGCCCUAUGGAUUUAUAACUUUACCUUGAGUCCUUAGGGUGCUGUGACCCACUAGCAUUUAUGACUCAUAAGACUUUGUCAACACAGGCUUUUAAAAGUCAUCUUUCCUAAAACACGGUUCCUAUUAUGAGCUGAAUUAUGUAUAUUCCCCUAAAAGACUUGUUGAGGUUCUAGUCCCCCAUACCUCAAAAUGUUGCCUUUUUAGAGAGAUUUCCAAGGUACUUAUGUUAAAUGAGGUCUCUGAGGCCUCAGGCCCCAGUUUAAUGCCUAGUGUUCUUAUAAAAGAUACAUACAGACACACAUACUUAAAACACAUACACACACUCACACACACAGGGAAGAUGAUGUGAAGACACUAGAUGAAGAUUGUUAUGCCCAGAUCACAGGGACCCCCAAAAAAACCACCACGGAGACCGAAUACCGCAUGUAAAAGCAAAGAACCUUUAUUUCAAGCUCCAGAGCUUGGUCCCUCUGUCUGUCUGACACAGAGGUGAGAGCAGAGAGCCCUGAGCUCAGGUGGGGGCAGAGUUUUUAUCAUAGCAGAGGUUGGGAUAAGGGGAUUCCAGGGUCUAGGACCCUGAUUGGCUGACAAUUGUCUAGGGAGUAUCUGUAAAACAAAAAACAGGUGUGUGCUAGACUCAAGGACAUUUGGCCACCUUAUCUAAUGGUUGGAACGUUUGGGAUGUCAGGUACUUCCUCACCCCUGGGUGGAUCCCUGGGUGGUAUCAGCUUAAGGCUUUUCCUGGAUCUGGGUGUUGCCUGCCAGUAAGCCUGUCACAGAAGCUGUGCCUAGGCCCCUAAGCCUGUCAUGGCUACUGUGUGGUCAAGCUGUUUUGGGGCCCCUCCACAAAGAUGACCGUUUUCCAUCUCAGGAAGGACCAAACAAACCCACGAUGGACAUCUGGCUGCCAGCACAGCAUGUGACAGAUGAACAUUUCUGUUGUUUCAAGUCACUUAGCUGGAGUAUUUUGUUAUAGCAGCCUUAGGAAGCUAUUGUGGCCCCCUUAAUCUACAGAGGGUACAUUUCAGGAGUCCCCCAGUAGAUGGCUGAAGCUACUAUGGUAGACUAUCAACCUCUGUAUGUUGUGUUUUUCUGUAUUCAUAUAUACCUAUGAUAAAGUAUAAUUUGUAAGAAAGAAACAAUAACUAAUAGUAAUUCAUAGUAGGAUAAUUAUAAUAUACUGCAAUAUACUAAUUCUAUAACUAUGAUAGCAAUAAAAGUUUUGUGAACGUGG